AUGUUUAUGAAAUUCUGGGCAGCUGUUAGUCGUGGAGAUUAUAGCAAUUUGGUUUAUCCCAAAUUUGGUUCGGCCAACAUCUUUCCCCCUACACUUAAUCCCAAUACCAAUCACCACAAGCAUGGCGUUGGCACUACAAAAAACAAGAUCAUUGCAAAGAUUUCCGUGUUUAGCGACUCCACCAUCUCUACUCUUAAAUCCAAAUACACCGCCAUCACCGCCACUACUAUCACUGCCAACAACAAAACCAUACAUAAAAAUCCAACUCGUGUUGAGGCACUUUCUACUUUUAUAUGGUGUAGAUAUAAGGCCACCACUCGAGGAAAGGUGGUAUGUAGAGAAGGAAUUAUAUAUCUAGUGAUUCAAGGGGUAAACUUGCACACAAGACUCAAUCCGCCUUUACCUAAUUCAUAUUGUGGUAACCUUAGUCGAUUUUCCAUAGCAAUAUUAGCACCACCGGCAUUGGAAAAAGGCGCUAUAGGAGAGGAUCGUGAUAGCUUGGUCACUCAUAUGAGAGAUGGGACAAGAAAAUUUAACAGCGAUUAUGUAAGGAAACUCCAAGAGGGUGGUGGUGGUAUGGGGGGCUUGAAUUCCAAGAAAGUGGAAGGUGGUAAUAAAAAUUAA